AUGAUAUGGAACAGUCUCCAAGGAAGCCUGCAGAUGGAUUUCCAGGCGAACAAGAAUUUCACAGAUGCCUCCUUCGCAGCUUUAUGGCAGAACUUGCCCCCGAGGCUCCUUGCUCUUUGCACGGAUAUGCGCUCCAGCCAGUGCUGCACGGAUGCAGCGCUGACUGCCUUGGCUGAGCACAUGCCGAGUGAUCUCAUGCUCCUGCACUUGGUCCUCUGUGGCAACUUCACGGAUGAAUCUCUAUGCAGGAUUGCCUGCAGCCUGCCAUGCACAUUGACUUCCUUGAGCUUGGAUUUCAAGCACGAUUCCGGCCAGAAAGUCAGCUUUACGGAUGAGGCUAUGCAUGCUUUGGCGCAGAAGCUGCCCGAGAGCCUAAGAUCUCUGCACUUGAGCUUCCCUUGCACAUGCCGCUUCAUGGAUGAGUCCUUGACAGCGUUGAUUGGAGCCUUGCCGGACAAGCUGCUCUACUUAUCUCUGGAGUUUGCGGAUGACGACUUCAGUGACACAGCACUGAAAGCAUUGGCUGACAAACUGCCGUCAACCCUGGUUACACUGCGCUUGGCUUUUCCGUCGAACAGGUCCUUCACUGACGAAUCCAUGAGAGCUCUUGCCCCGAACUUGCCUCACGGCCUCACUUGCUUGUACCUGGACUUUGCUGCCAACCCCAACUUUUCCAACGAUGCCACCGCAGCCCUUGCCACACACCUCCCGUGCAACCUGACGACCCUACAUGUGGACCUUUAUGGCAAGCCAACAGAUUUGAUGGUGACGGCGCUGGCCGAACGUUUAACCCGGUGCCUGGCAUCCUUGCAUCUCGUGUUUUGGGGCAGCAACUUUACAAACACAGCCAUGAAAACACUCGCCCAAAACCUUCCAUACAACUUGUCCUGCUUGCAUUUGGACUUCCGGGGCCAGCCACAGUUCACAGACGAGUCGAUGACGGUCCUAGCGUGGAGGCUGCCUUCCAAUCUUGCCUCCUUACACCUGAACUUCUCGUUCAGCGACCAAAUGUCCUACAAGACAAUGACGGCACUGGCACAAAAUCUCCCCAGUAAGCUUCAACGGCUGCACCUGGAUUUCCAGAGAAAUGCAAACUUCAAUGACGACUCUGUGAUGGCUCUGGCGCAGAACUUACCUCCCAAGCUUGCCACUCUGCAUCUGGUGGUUUGGGGGAACUGCAACGUGACAGACAAGUCGAUAAUGUUGCUGGCGGCAAAGCUACCUAGCGGUCUCACGACUUUAUACAUGGACUUUCAUGAUAGUCCUAACAUAACGUCAGAGUCCAUGACAGUGCUCGCAGAAAGCCUCCCGCGCAGCCUUGCUGCUUUGCAGCUCAACUUCUCUGGCAGCGACCACAUCUCGGAGGAGUCCAUUGCAGCCCUGGCUUUGACAUCUCAGCCUAACCUGGAAGCGCCCCUUCAUUGGACCGAAGGCUUUCAGUCACUCAAGUUUUCGCAAAACGAGAAGCUCAUCCUCUCGACUGAGCCGAAAGCUUGA